UAGACAAUACAUCCUUAUUGUUCAUCGCACGCCAUCCUGUGGGGAUAGAGCUCCGUGUGAAAGAAGUGCUUCAAUUGUGUCACUUUGUUGAAAAUGUAGGAAUCAUAGGAAUUUGGGGGGAGGGAGGAAUUGGUAAAACAACUAUUGUCAAAUCUGUUUACAGUGCAAUAUCUAACAGGUUUGAGGGUAGAAGUUUCCUUUCAAAUAUUAAGGAUGUGGGGGAGAAAGAAGAUGGUCUAGUUUAUUUGCAAGAGCAACUAAUUUUUGAUGUAUCUGAAACGUUUCAGAAAUAUCAAAAACAUAAGAUACAUGACGUUGACAUGGGAGUCAAACAGAUAAAGACGGUACUACAUAAGAAAAAGGUGCUUAUAGUACUUGAUGAUGUCAACAAAAUAGACCAAAUAACAUUGUUGUGUGGAAGUCGUGAAUGGCUUGGAGCAGGGAGUGUCAUCUUGAUCACCACUAGAUAUAAGCAUAUUCUUGAUCAACUUAAAGUUGAUAAUCACUUUAAAGUGAAAAAGAUGGACAAAAAUGAAUCUCUUGAACUUUUUAGUUGCCAUGCAUUUAAGCAGUUAAAUCCUCCAAAUGAGUUCAUAACUUUCUCCAAGAAAGCUGUUACUUUUUGUGGGGAGUUACCCUUAGCUCUUGAAGUCCUUGGAUCUCUUUUGAUUGAUAAGACAUUGCGAGAGUGGAAAAGUUUGAUUAAGAAACUUCCAAGAUUAAAGAGCAAUGCAAUACUUGAGAUACUUCAACUAAGUUAUGAGUACUUAGAAAACUCUGAGAAAGAUGUGUUCCUUGAGAUAGCUUCCUUUUAUGUUGGUAAAGACAGACAACAUGUGACAGAAAUAUUAAAUGAGUAUGGGUUUUGUGCCGAAGUUGACAUAAGUGUGCUUAUUGCUCGAGGCCUUCUAAAGGUAGACAAGAAUAACAAGUUUGAAAUGCAUGAAUAUUUCCGAGAUAUGGCAAAAAGAAUGAAUCCUCCUAAGACUCAACCCAAAUAUGCUAAUGAUGUUUUCUUAAGUUUUAGAGGUGAAGAUACUCGCAAGUCUUUCGUUGGUCAUCUUCAUGCUACUUUGAAAAAUGCUGGCUCGGAGGUUUUCAUGGACGACAAUCUCAAAAAGGGGAAAAACAUCUCGGCUUCACUUUUGCAAGCAAUUGAAGUUUCUAGAAUUUCAAUUAUUGUUUUCUCAACAAAUUAUGCAAGUUCUAGUUGGUGCUUGGAGGAACUAGAGAAAAUUAUGGAGUGUCACAGACAUAACGGUCAACAAAUCAUGCCUGUAUUCUACGAUGUGCAAGCAUUUGAAGUAAGAAAACAAAUAGGCAAUUUUGGAAAAGCAUUUCAUGAACUCAUUGCUAGAAUCUCAACUAGAAAAGAACAAACUUGGAGAAGAGAGCUCACUGCAGCUGCCAACAUAUCCGGCUGGGACUCGUACAAUUACAGAAAUGAUGCAGCUUUGAUCAAUCAUAUUGUUGAAAGUGUCAUGAUGAAACUAGAUGAUAAAGCAUACUUAUUCAUUGCUGAUCACCCAGUCGGAGUAGAGUCUCGUAUGCAAGAGAUUACCAAAUUGUUGAGUGGUAAAUCAAAUGAAAUUAUCAUGGUCGGAAUUUGGGGAAUGGGUGGUAUUGGCAAAACAACUAUUGCCAAAGCCAUUUUCAAUGAAUUGGGAAGAAAUUUUGAGGGAAAAUUUUUCCUAGAAAAUGUGAGGAAAUUUUGGGAGCAAGCCAAUGGCCCAAUCAAUUUACAAGAACAACUUCUUGCAGGAAUUUCAAGAGAAAGAAUAACAAGACUACAACACAAUGGAUUGGGCAAAAAUGUGAUGAAAGAAAGGCUCUGUCAUAAAAGGGCACUUCUUGUGCUUGAUGAUGUAGAUAAGUCGGUCCAAAUUAGUACUCUAUGUGGAAGUCGUGAAUGGUUUGCUCCGGGAAGUAGAAUAAUCAUAACUACUAGAGAUAAGCAUCUACUUGAUCUUCUCCAAGUGGAUAAAGUAUACAAUAUGAAAGAAUUGGAGGACUUUGAAUCCCUUGAACUUUUUAGUUGGCAUGCUUUUAAGCAGGUCAAUCCGAUAGAAAAUUAUGUUGAACUCUCAAAAAGGGUAAUUGCUUACUCUAGAGGAUUGCCAUUGGCUCUUGAAGUUCUUGGUUCAUAUUUAUUCGAUAGAGCAAUAUCUGCUUGGGAGAGUGUUUUGGAAAAGCUACAAAAAAUUCCAAAUGAUCAUAUAUAUGAAAAGUUAAAAAUAAGUUAUGAUGGGUUGAGUGAUCAUAUGGAGAAAGAUAUAUUUCUUGACAUUUGUUGUUUCUUUAUUGGUGAAGAUAGAAGUUAUGUUACACAAAUUUUAAAUGGGUGUGGACUUCAUGCAGAAAUUGGAAUUACACGACUUAUAGAGCAAAGUCUUAUAAGAGUUUAUAAGAAUAACAAGCUUGGUAUGCAUAGUUUAUUAUGUGAUAUGGGAAGAGAGAUCAUUCGUGAGACAUCACCAAAACCUGAAGAACGUAGCAGAUUGUGGUUUUAUGAUGAGGUCCUCUAUGUGUUGAAAAAUAAUAUGGGAACUAAAAGCGUUAAGGGGCUGGCUUUGAACUUAUCAAGAAACAAUACCUUAUCCUUCAACACUAAAGCAUUCAAGGAGAUGAAGAGACUUCAGUUGCUUCAACUUAAUCAUGUAAGACUUCUUGGGGACCAUGAGUAUCUUUCAAAAGACUUGCGAUGGCUACGUUGGCAUGGGUUUCCUUUAAGUUACAUGCCAGAGAACUUCUGUCAGGAAAAUUUAAUUGCUGUUGACUUAAAAUACAGUGGUCUCAUACAAGUAUGGAAGGAUAGCCAGAUGUUGGAGAGGAUGAAAAUUCUUAAUCUUAGUCAUUCUUGUUAUUUGGAGCAAACGCCCGACUUUUCAAAGCUGCCAAAUCUUGAAGAGUUGAUACUUGAAGAUUGCAAGAGUUUAUCUGUUGUUCACUCAUCCAUUGGAUGUCUUAAAUAUCUUAUCUUGUUAAAUCUAAGGGAUUGUGAACGGCUCAUCCAUCUCCCAAGGAGUAUCUACAAUUUGAAGAAUUUAAAAACUUUCAAUAUCGAUGGUUGCUCAAAAAUUGAUAAGUUGGAAGAAGAUAUUGAGCAAAUGGAAUCUUUGACUACUCUAAUGGCAAAUCAAACUGCAAUAACACAAGUUCCUUUUUCAUUGAUGAGAUCAAAAAGCAUUAAAUAUGUGUCUCUUUGCGGCUAUGAAGGACUAUCUCAUAAUGUAUUUCCACCUCUCAUUUGGUCUUGGAUGUCACCAAAAAGUAUUCCAAAGUCCUUGAUUUGGAGCAUACCAUAUUUAUUCCAAGGUCUUUCACGUAGUUUAUUUGCCAAAAGUAGUGCAAUGAUGAGAUCAAGCUCCAGUAAAUCUCAAGUUUCAUGCAAAAAGACUCCAGCAACAGUCGACUUUCAUGAGCAAGUUCUCAUGCCAAGGUUGGAAAAUUUCAUGAGUUCUCUAAUUAUUCGUGUAGGAGAGUUCAACAAGGACAUAGAUACACUUUUGAAGCAUAUCUCACAGGGAUUGAGCGAAUUUGGAGACAGUUCUCUUCCUGGAGACAAUUAUCCUAAAUGGCUAAACUUCAAUGGUGAAGGAUCCUCAAUAUUAUUCAAGGUUCCUCAAGUUCCUUCUAGAAACUUGAAAGGAUUAAUCCUAUACAUUGUCUAUAUUUCUCAUGAGGACAACAUGGCAUCUGCAUAUCCUGUCAGUGUCUUGGUAUCAAAUCACACAAAAGUUACUAUUGAAUUCUACAAGCUAGAUACAGUAAUUGCCUCUGCUGACGAAGAAUUGGGUAGCAUAAUUCCUAAUUUGGAGCCUGAGAAUGAAGUGGAGUUUAAAGUAACUUUUGCACACAAGUUUGAUAUAAAGAAGACAAUAAUCUAUUUGGUGUAUGAUGAAGAUGUUGGCAAAAGAAUCAUGAAUUGAAGGAAGCCCAAAGGGACAAAUGGUUGCAUGAAUAAUGUUGUGGUGGAGACAGUCAUGCAUUUGGAUUUUCAUGAUCUUGCAAUGCUUUUGUGUUAAGGCAAUAUAUUUUAUUCUAAAGAGAAACCUUGUUGCUCUUGA